UUCAUUGUUAAACAUUUAUGGAUUGAAGCACAAUUACAAUGGCAAAUUAACUAUUUUGGGAGGUAAGAAAUUAAUCAGCUAUUCUUAUAUGAAUAAGUUUGAUCCUUUGAAAACCACUAAGAGCAACCGUCCAUGAACAAUUAUCUAUCUAUCAUAUUGAAAAUCCACAUAUGCAUAGCAAAUCCUUCGAAGAAUCUUUUAAAGAAAUGUUCUCUCUUAAACCAACCUAAAAAUAUGAUGAAGUUUGAUCAUUGGAUAACCACCAAAAGCACAACAACCCAUUAGAAGUUAUGUUUCAUAUUGAAAAUCUACAUAUAUUUUACCAUGAAAUCAUUCAAAGAAUGUUCUUUUUUUAGAAAUGUCAUCUCUCUACUCACUCCGUCUCUCCCUCUUUCUCACUUCCACCUUCCAAAACCAAAUUCAUGGAGUUGUGGAUGAGACUAAUAGCAUGGAUCUGCCUCGUCAAUUUUCCUUUUUCGUCAAUUUUUUUUUUCAUUUGGAAAUUCAUUCAUUAAAUGUAUGAAAGGUGAACAAAUAUUGGGCCAAGACCCUGAGGAAGGAAUAAAACACUUGAAAAGAGCACAUGCCUGAACCCACAACAGUGAAGAGCAAAGCCCACAAAAUAGAUAGGCUUGAGUGAAAGCCCUAGCAACCUAAUCGAUCCUCCGCACAAGACAGCAACAGCCGCAAGGAGGAGACCCACAAAAACGACGGCGACGAAACCAAUUCCAGGUUGUUAAAAAAAAGACACAACCAAUUCCAUAUGAAGAGUAGCAGUCGAAAGGUCAAUUUCCUUUUCCUUGUACGAAUUUACAGCCGCAAUUUGAUUGAAAAUAAAUAGAAUAAGGGUUCAGGAGAAGACGGGUAUUAGUCAAUUCAACAUUUUCGACGACCGACACACCAUCGGAAUCCAUGAGUUCCGAUGAGAUAGUAGCAUAGUGGGAUGGAGCAGUGAGAAAGCCACAGUGGGAGAGAGGGAGAGCGUCGAAGAAGUUAUUUCACCAUAGAGCAAGACAGAGCAGAGGGCAACAAACACGGCGACGAUCGGAGAAGUGCAGGGACGGUGAUAAUGGGCGAUUUGGAUUUCGGAUUAAGUGUAGAAAAAAUUAGAUCGGAGCUGUGGUGAGCAGGGAGGGCGACGGGAGAGAUUUCAAUUUGGGAUUCUGCAUGAUAAUAAGGAUGGGGGGAGUCUCGAUUUCAGAUUUUGGUUGGGAAGAGAGGUGAGAGAAGUUUGCUGUCCAAAAGGAAAGAAAGCAAGAAAGAGAGAGUUUCUGAAUUGACGAUAACAACCUUCCGAACUGUGCGGGCAUUUCAGGAUAGACUGACGUGGCAAAGGUUGUAUGUUUACAUUGCGUUAUAGUAAUUUUUAGAUGAUUUUUCGUACUAAGGGUUUCAAAUGAAGAAUAAAUAUAUGAAUAAGAAAUGAUAAAAUGAGGUUAAUAAACCAAGAGUACAAAAUAUUAGGAACCUCGACUUGCAGUUCUGAAUCUGAAAGACAGGCCCAGCCGAUACGGCGAUAUCCAAGACCAGUGGUUAGUUGGCUCUUGGCUAUCGAAUUCAGAACGCACUGGGUUGACGAGAGUUUGAUCAAUUCUUUUCUACCCAAUCGAGAGUUGGAUCUUGAAGGCUGAAAAGUUUACAAUUUUCGCUCCUCGGAGCUUAGAACAAUCCCUCAUUGCCCCCUUUUUGGGAUGCCGCUCCUCCGCUAGUGUAAGAGCAGCGAAGGGUUCAAGAGAUGGGGAAAUUAGCAGUAGCACUGAUAGUGAGCUCAUGGGCGAUUCCAAUAUCCAUCGUCGUGAAUCGGAUCGUGCCCGCGCCUUACAUGGAUGAGAUAUUCCACAUACCACAGGCUCAGCAGUACUGCAAGGGCAAUUUCUUGAGUUGGGAUCCGAUGAUAACUACCCCUCCUGGCUUGUACUAUCUCUCACUUGCGCAUGUUGCUUCUUUUUUUCCAGGCGUGUAUGCUGUGCAAGGUGCAUCAUCUCAGUACUCUGAGUGGUGCUCGGUUUCAAUCCUUAGGUCCACGAAUGUUGUGUUGGCUGUUUUGUGCAGUGUUCUUAUAUAUGACAUAAUUACCUGCGUGAGACCAGCUCUUGGUGAAAGGAAAGCAACAUUUCUGUCCGUUGUCCUGGCGCUCUACCCUCUUCAUUGGUUCUUCACUUUCCUUUACUAUACAGAUGUUGCAUCGCUUACGAUGGUGCUGGCAAUGUACCUUGCUUGUUUAAAGAAGAAGUACUUCUUCAGUGCCCUGCUUGGUGCGUUUUCAGUUUUCACUCGACAGACAAACAUUGUAUGGGUAGUAUUUGUUGCAUGCAGUGGAGUAAUAGAUAUUACCUCGCCCCUUAUAAAAGAAACUGAAAUAGUGGACUUGAGCUCAGGAGAUGAAACCAUUGAGGUAGUUUCGAACUAUCAUGCCACUACAGUUGGAAACAUGAGAAGAAGAAGAAAGUUCAAUGAUGCUGUGGAGAGUGACAAAACACCAGUGCUUGUUAGAAAUGCCUCUGUAAUAAUCAAUUCCACAGGUUUCCUUGACGAGAUUCGAACAAUCUGUUUGAAAUCAUGGCUCAUGAAGUGGAGUAUUUUAUUGUUCUUCACCCCUUUCCUCAUAGUAUUGGGGGCCUUUGUUGCUUUUGUCCGUUGGAAUGGCAGCGUGGUCCUUGGUGCAAAAGAAGCUCACACUGUGUCUCCACAUUUUGCCCAACUAAUGUAUUUUAGUCUAGUCUCUGCUCUUGCUGCAGCUCCUCUGCAUUUCUCAUUGAGUCAUUGUGUAGCCCUGUUCUGGUGGUCCUGGAAGAAGGGUCCCCUAAGUUUUUGUCAAUGGCUUAUUGCUCUGGCAGCAGGGUUCUUCUCUGUGCACUUUUUCAGCAUAGCUCAUCCCUAUCUUCUAGCUGACAACCGGCACUACACCUUCUACCUCUGGCGGAAGGUUGUCAAUUUUCACAAGUUGGGGAAAUACUUUCUUGUUCCUUUCUACAUCUACUCCUGGUUUUCAAUCUUCAGGACGCUAGGGAAAGUUCGACCAAGAGUAUGGGUGCUAGCAUAUUUCUUGGCGACAGCAGCAGUACUUGUUCCUGCUCCUCUAAUCGAGUUGAGAUACUACACCUUGCCAUUCUUUUUCCUGAUGCUUCACUCCUCCAUCAGCUACAGAAGUUUGAUGCUGAUGGGUCUCGUGUAUACCGCCAUCAAUGCUUUCACAAUGACAAUGUUCUUGUUCCGUCCGUUCCAAUGGAGUCAUGAACCUGGUCUCCAGAGGUUUAUUUGGUAGAUUUCAGGUCACAUAGAGCUUUCACAAUGGACUCUAUGUACUAGCCCUCCAAUUUUCUUCAUCUUUCAGUUUUUUCUGUUGCUUACCCCUUUUGUAGCAUGUUUCCAGACUUGGACGUUAAAUUGGCUAUAAUUGCCACAAAAUGCAAAGUUAUGGCUAUACGAGUGACCAAAAUUAACGAAGUUGAACUAUUGCAAAGUGUAUAAUUAUGGCUAUACAAGUGACCAAAAUUAACGAAGUUGAACGAUCACAAAGUGUAAAGUCUUUGUGAAAAGUUAUGACUGCACAUUUUUACUCUCAACUAUGAGAGUUUACUGUCGUACCAGAAAAAAAUUAACGGAGUUGGACGUCAGGGAUAAAACUUGAACGGUUGAACUAAUUUUAGUGAUCAUGAAUGGAAUGAAAUAUUUACAGUGAC